UUGUCAUGAUGAGGUUAUUAGUUUAACUUCUUGCUAUUGCAAAUAAAAUUGCCAGCCUUAUGAGAUGUAAACACAGGCACUCCCUACACUCUGUUUUCAUGUGCACAUAAAAAAAGUAGUAGAAAUCCCUCUUUGUAUAAUCAUUCUUGGUUUGAAGCCAGUGUUCAGUGCUGCCUGAUAUGGAGUUAAAAUCUUUUUUUCAGGAUUGUGGAAUGGCUCAGGACACUGCAGUGCCCAAACUGAACUUUGAAUAUUGGUUGGAUAAAGCUACUGAAUGGGGUCAAGCCACUACUUUGGAAUCCCAGAAAGAUGUGUGCCUUCACUUGCCCCAGCUCCAGGAAUUUCUACGUCAGCUUUAUGAAACAAUAAAACAUUUGCCGGGUUCCACUGUAGCAAUCCAGCAGUUCCCUUUAAUUGGACAGCUUCUAGGAAGGCUCUGUUGGAAUCCUUUUGUUAUAGGAUAUGAUGAAAGCCAGAGGACUCUGAUGUGGUGCUUGUGUUGCCUGUACAGCAGUGAACCACAGAACGCUGUGGAACUGAAGGCCAACAGCUGGAUACGGAGUUUGCUAUGCCAUCUCUUUUCUUCUUCUAAGUGGGAAAGUAAUGAAGCGGAAACCAGUACAUUCAUAUCAGCUCUGGGCUACACAUCAACAGAUUAUUAUUGUCACAUGGUUAAAAAUAUGGUUGGUUCAUUAGUAACAGAACUCAGAGAAAACCAGUUCAAUGGACUUAACAUUCAGGAGAGCAUUUCAUCCAGUCAUGUGAAUGCUAUGUCCAUUUUCUGUGUGCCUCUGAUUACUUUGCCUGAUUUAACUCCGUUGCUGGAAACUCUCCUUCUUUACCAUGGAAGUUCAUCAAAAGAAAUUCUCAGUUCAGAGUUUCUAGAGGCUGUGAAUGAAGCGUUUUUAAAGAAGAAGAUCUCUCUUCCUGAACCAGCUGUCUUCAGCCUUUGGCUUCGUCACUUACCAAGCCUUGAAAAAGCUACCUUACAUCUUCUAGACCAGCUGUUUUCCAUUCAGUUGAAUUCACUGGAAGAAGUGGCUCGUAUUAUAAAAAACUCAUUGCUGCCACAAGCAGCAAGCCAUCCUGCCAUUUUCAGAAUUGUAAAUGAAAUUUUCAAGAAUGCACUGAUGGAAACUGAUGGAACUUCAGAAGUUAUGACAAUAAUACAGAUGUUUACACAGCUCUUCCUUCAGGCUCAUCAGAAUGAAAACAAACAGGUUUUAAUACAUGGGAAGAUGCCCCUUGAGCCUUCUCCUGGUCCUCUCAGCCGUUCCUCACAGAAGUUCUCCAGUCAUAAAUUUCCACUGAAGGCCUACUUCCCAAAUCAUCACCAGCCUCUUGUUAGAGGUUUAGCCAGACGUCCUUUUGAACUCCCAACUACCUCUUGGUCUCAACACUUAAAACAGAUUUCGGAUAUGCUCAAAGCAUUAGUAGAAGAUACAAACGUUAGUUCUCUCACUGACCUCUUUGAAACCUGGUUUUUGGUUGCUUGUUUCGGAGAAUGGCUGGAUAUCGCAGCAGAACAAUUACUGAAAGCUACUGUAGAACCAGAUGCUGUGCUGUGGCUGCUGGCAUUUUACUACUGUCCUAAAAAUGAAAAUCAACAAAGGACUCAAACAAUGGUAGAAGCUCAAGCAGUCUACAGUUACCUAAUGAUGCUGUUCAGCUGUGCAGACCUUUCUCUCAAAGACCUGGAGGCUGCUGUACACAGGGUAACGGGUGUAGAGCAGUGUUGUAACCAGCGUCUUACAACACAUCUCCUGACCAGCUUCUUGCUCUUUUCACCUGGUGCACAUAAGAUUGCCCAGGAAUGUAUUUACCGUAUUACUGAGAUAACUGAUACAAGCAAAGAAGUUUAUAAUCUUCUUAUUCGUACUGCAUACAGAUUUAACCAUAGUGGAGAAGAAAACCAAAGGACUGUGACGCUGCUGAAUGCACUUCUUCAAAAACUUCCAUUGAAAGUUUAGAAUUUUAGUGUCAUCUGUUUAUCAAACCAACAAAUCAGGUCUUUAUCCAGGUGUCAGCAUCUGGCACUGCAGCUUACCAUGGGCAGUGAGAUACCUAUAUAAGUUAUAUCUGCUAAUUUAUAUUCCCUUGUUUAUAUUGAAAAAUAAUCUGUUGUUUGGAAAUGUUAAUAGUUUGAAACAUAAUAGUAAAUAUUAAAGAUGCUUGAAAAUUUUGUUCUGAGUACCU